AAAGACCACAUCACCUCCCACCGCCCUGCCAUGUCCUGUCUGGUUUGUCUUUAAGAACACAAAGCGCAGAUAUUAAUUAGUCUGCUGCACGAACACACAGCAGAAAAGGAUAAAUCAUUGGUUUGCCUCCAUCACCCAACUUAACAGCAACAUGUUUCUGCUAAAUAUUUGCAUCUGCGUGGGCCUCAUGCUGUCCCUCCCUCAGUGUACCCAUCAGUCCUGCACUGACGGGACACCCAAGCAGUGCUUGGAUGCAGAUUUCGCUCCAGGUACCAAUUUGGCUGGGGAAGGCUUUGACAUCACCAAAAUGGAACGUAAGGGGGCCUUUGUGAUCGACAUGAAUAAGUGGAAACGCAAGGACAAGACGUGCACCCUGUGCAGCAACCCCUAUCUGGAGAACAGAAAGCAAAAGCUUCCCUUGUCAGUGGUGGACUGGAGGCCAAAGCACUCCUGCAGCAUGAAAGUGGCCUCUAAACUCCACCGAUCCAGUGAGUCUCUGGUCAGUUCCAGCAGCUCUUCAGUUGAAAACAACUGGAAGGCCAAUCUAGAUGUUGAUGCAGGAAAUAAAGGUGCCUCAUUGAUGCUAGCUGGUACCAAUUCUAAACUGGCUGAAUACUCCAUGGAAAAAACUAAGAAUGACAAGUUCAGCUUCACAAGCCACAGCAUGUCCUGUGAGUAUUACAGCUACCGAGUGUCCGGCACGCCCAGGCUGCACAAAGAAUUUCUAACAGCAGUGAAGCAGCUCCCCAAAACCUACAGCCCUGAAUACAAGCAACGAUUUUACAAACUGAUCGACAACUUUGGCACCCAUUACCUCACCAAGGUGAAGUUGGGAGGAAGUGUUCAGUCUGUGACCAGCAUCAGGCAGUGCCAGGCCAGCCUGCAGGGCCUCAGCGUGGAGGAGGUGGAGAUGUGCCUGGAAGCUGAGGCGUCCGCCAGCGUCAAAGCCACAGUUAAAGCUGAAUUAAAGCACUGCAAGAAGGACAUCGACAAGAUGGAAAGUAAAACAUCCUUCUCUGGCCUCUUCAAUGACAGGUUCACAGAAAUAAAAGGUGGGUACACGUCAGAGCUGGACCUUCUCUUUUCUUCUGACAAAAAUCCAUCGGCCUACAAGGAAUGGCUGAACACACUGCCACAGAAUCCAGACAUAUUCUCAUAUUCCUUGGACUCACUCCAUGAGCUACUGCCCGCUAACAACCCUGCCCGAAAGAACCUGCGCUUGGCUAUUAGCCAUUAUAUCCUGGAGAAAGGCCUGUGGAAGAACUGCAGUGAGCGCUGUCAGGCCGGCAUCAAGAGCAACCCGAGGGAUCAAUGCGUCUGCCAAUGCCACAAUGACCCAGCUGUAAACCAAGACUGCUGUCCAGCCCGCAGGGGCAUGGCACGGGUCAUCAUCACUGUACAACGGGCUUCUGGUCUUUGGGGAGACCACAUUACAGCCACAGACGGCUACGUGAAAGUGUUCUUCAACGGACCGAUGGUUCGUCGUUCUCCUGUCAUUAACAACAACAACAAUCCACAUUGGGGCACUGUCAUUGACCUGGGAACUCAGGACUUGUCAGCAGGACCAAGAGUGAGAUUUGAGGUGUGGGAUCAGGACAACAACUGGGACGACGACCUGCUGGGACAAUGUGAGCAACCUCUGUCUUCUGGAGUGAAGGAGGAUCUCUGCACCCUGCAGCAUGGCAGGCUGUUCUACAAAUGGGAGGUGAAAUGUGCUCCGAGUCUGAGUGGAAGUUCAUGCACGGACUACAAACCUUCACCUAUGAGUCAAAGUUUGAAGAAGCUGUAUGUGUCCCGUCAUGCCCACCCUGUUCCAAAGGCCGUCCUGAUAGAGAUGGGCGUGUUUGUGGAUGAAACGAGCUCACAGAGAAACCAGAGUCUUAGUACAGAGACUCAAAAAGUUGAUGUGAUAUAACACCCAUGUCUGGCUUGACUGUGGCUGAUAUUCAAGGUAUUAGAAUCAUACUGCGUUUGUCUUUAAGUCUCUAUUGAUCAGAAAAGAUGAGAGGUACAGUACAUCAGCUGAAGAACAACUGAUGUGUUGACAAAGUUUCCUUUAUGACAUGAAGGUCUUAUGAAUUAAAAGUAAAAUGAGAUUUGUGUUUGACAGUAGAGCCUUCAAUGCUUUUCUCUGCAUGUUUGCUUCAUAUCGUACUCAUUAUGCUGUAGUCCCUGGCCUGAGCUCAAACAGGACAGCAUAUCAUUUAGGGCUGAUGAUCUAAAAAUUCAAGCAGUGGUCUAAAUGUGAGUUUUAUUCGAUGCAGCUUUUAUGUAGAACCCUAUUUUUACUUUAUUUCUUACAGGAUUUUUUAAAAAUCUAUGCCUUUUUUCUAGCAUUUUACACAGGCAUUUAUAACAUGUAUUAGUUGCUUUUAUGCAUUUUAUAAUACAUCUAGGAUUUCCUUUUGACCUUCUUAAAUAAAAAUAAUCAGAUACUGAUAUUCUUACGGCUACAGUAUGUUUAUGUGUUUUAAACUCCUUUUCUUUACUG